AUGAUGAAGCAGCCAGCUCUGGCCCAUCUUAUCCCAGGAUUCAUCGAGCUUCAUUGGCCAGCACCAACCUCGGCUCGAUGCAGGUUGUAUGCCGAGGAACUCUGCCCAAAGCAUCGGAUUCACUGCCACAUCAGCCUUGUUGAGAAGGCAGAGAUUCUUCACCUUUCUAUGCGAUGCCCUCCCGUCGCCUCUUAUCGCAACUCGUAUCUGCUUGAUGACGCAGAUGAGGCAAAUAUACUUUUCUAUCCCGACCCGAUUCCUGCGAACCCCUCAUCCGAGCUUCGUAUACCUCGUAUCCUCGUACUCGACACACAGCAACCCAACAACCUCCAUGCCAACGCAUACCAUGACUUCGAUAGCUCUAGAGACCCCUCGAAACAUCGUAAUAGUCGGUACAACCCCUCACUCCCACCGCAAAAAGUACGAGAAACUGAUCUUUCUGCAGGGGGCGGCGUAAUCGGUUGUACCACCGCCUAUUUCCUCACACGCCACCCCUCCUUCAACUCCGCCAUCCACAAAAUCACAUUGCUAGAAGCGGAAUCCAUCGCUUCAGGCGCCUCAGGAAAAGCCGGUGGACUCUUGGGAUUAUGGGCAUAUCCGUCCUGCAUUGUGCCACUCUCCUACCGACUACACGCCGAAUUGGCAAAAGAACAUGAUGGUGCGAAGCGAUGGGGAUAUAGAGCGUUGCAUUGUGGGAGUGUGACGGCGAGGGGGAAGGUACAUAAAUCUUCACAGAUAGAGGGAGACGUUUCGAAAGAAGGAACAGAGGAAUGGAAGAAAUUAUGCAAGACGAAGAGUAAUGGGAAGAAAGUUGUGCCCGCGGAGAUACCAAAGGACCUGGAUUGGUUGGACAACGAUACAUUGAGGGGAUACUCUGAAAUGGGAACUCCAGAAACAACAGCGCAGGUUCAUCCGUAUCUUUUCACCAACGCGGUUGCGGAACUAGCUGUGGAGAAAGGCGCAGAAAUCAUACUAGGUUCCGUCACAGCUCUCGAUUAUAAAGGAGUCAAUGGCGCGCAGAGCGUUACAUACGAAGACAAAAUCACGAAGGAAAUCCACACCAUCCCAGCGACAGAUAUCGUAGUCGCGGCCGGACCUUGGACGAGCACUAUAUUUCCCGAAGCACCAAUUGAAGCACUGCGCGCACACAGUAUAGUCAUCAAGGCGGAUGUCAGUCCUUACGCCGUGUUUACAGAGAUCGAGUUACCCAGGAAUUACGCAGCAAUAAGAGACGGAGAGGCAAAGAAAAGAAGACAUGCAAAAUUCGUGAAUCCAGAAAUGUAUGCAAGACCCGAUGGAACGGUUUACGCAUGUGGUACAUCUCCUUUCCCCCUCCCUCCAAUUAUCACUAACACACCUUCAGGCGAAGGAGACAAUCUCAUCCCCCUGCCCCCCUCCUCAGCACACGUCCAAUGCGACGACACCCGCUGCGAUGACAUGUACUCGUACCUCUGCCUCAUCUCCUCGCCCUUCCGCAAUGGCUCCGUAGUUGCGAAACAAGCGUGUUACCUCCCUCUCGUAUCCAGUAUCGGUGAUCGCGGGCCGAUUAUUGGGAAGACCCCUUGGAGGGGCCUCUUUGUGGCGGCGGGCCAUACCUGUUGGGGGAUUCAGAAUAGUUGUGCGACGGGGAAGGUGAUGAGUGAGUUUGUUUUUGAGGGCGAGUGUAGGAGUGCUGAUGUGUCGGAAUUGGAUCCGGGGCUGGUUUUGGGGGGUGGGGGGGCGUGA